AUGGCGGCUCCAGCUGCGGUUUCUGAUGUGCCUCCUGUAGAGGAACCCGAAGCGCCUAGGGAGCCAGAACCUGCUCCAGUACCUUCCGCCGAGCCGCCUACUGACGCAGUAUCCAAAGAUACUGCCCCGACUGCAUCUGAUUCUACCAUUGAACCGGGACCGGAACCACCAGCAGAGCCUACAGCUCAAGGUGAGCCUGAGCCUGAAGAGCCGGAAGCAGAGCCAGAACCAGUGCCCGAGGAGGUACAGGAACCCGCAACCAAAGCUUCUGCCGAGCCAGCAGAUGAGCCUUCAGUUGAAGACCCACCUGAACCUGCUGCCGAGCCGGCCCCCGAACCUGUUCCUGAAGAACCGCCCGCAGAGCCUCCAGCUGAAGAGCAUGAAGCUACGUCUGCUCGAGUUCAACGCUCAGUCGACCCUGAACCCGAGCCCGAGCCCGAGCCCGAGCCCGAGCCAGAACCUGACGAUGUGCCUGAAGAACUACCAGCAGACCCUCGAGCUGAAGUGCCUGAAACAGAACCAGGACCUGAGCCUGAGCCAGCAGCAGAGCCAACGUUGCAGGUGCCUGCUACGGAGCCUGUCGAGACGGAACCUGUAGAACCCGCACCACCAAGUGAGCCGGUACCUGAGCCUGAAGCUGCUCCAGAAUCUGAACCUGAACCUAUGCCCGUACCCGUCACAAGGGUAGCCGAACCAGAAGUACCAGUAGAUCCUGCACCCGAGCCAGAAACAGUCCCUGUAUACACUGCAGCGGAGACGGAGGAUUUGCCGCCUGCGCCACCAGAAGCGCCAACACCAGAACCUACACCCUCAGUAGCAGAGACAGAAGCACCAGCCCCUUCUGUGGCAACGACUGCUACCAAAACUCGCAAGCGCGACAAGGUCAAGCUACUCGCAGCCAUGCGCGCACCACCCGAGUCUGUACCCAUCUUGGUGCUUCUCCGGCAGAAGAAGAAGGCUGGCGAGGAUGUCAAGGCUAUUGCAGGUGCCAUGCUUGCAGCUGCAGGACCGUGA